AUGCCCCCUUGGGGAAGACCACCACCAGGGGGACGAAUGAGGAGGCAGGACGACAGGCUGUGGGGACUGCAGCAACGACAAUGGGAAUACGAUACCCGUGUCGAAGAGCUCGAUACCGACGACGAUUAUUCUCAGGGGGUCGGGCUGGAUCAAGAGAGAUUUCAUUCCGAUGAACUCCGGUUUACCGGUAUAGAUUUGGGUGGGGACUAUGUCCGCCGCAGGCGUUCAGGUGUUGUGCAUGAUGAUGACUUUACUCCUUCUGACGAUGAAGAAGAAGAAUACGACUAUCCCACAGGAGUUGCCAGACGACAAGAUAUGCAGGUGGCGUACAGAGACAAAGAGGACAUGUUGGUGCAGCGUGCUCUUGACAGGAUCGCGCGUGCUCGGGCUCUGGGUAAGCCCAAUGUCAAAUUGACCCGAGCAGAAAUUGAUGCCUUGGAACGUUUAGAGCGGACCCAGACCCCUCCACGUCCCUCUGCAGCACCCAAGGCAGCCCCUAAGAGCAAGAAAGAAGCACAAGUCAGACGCCGGCCCGUUGAAGUCCGCAAAAAACCCAGCCGAAAUGACAAGUCAGCGAGUAAUUCGCCAAAGGGAAAACCUGCGGACGGACGAAAUCGUGGUAGAAGUGUGGCGUCAAAUAGUUCGUCACGUGGCGGGCGCGAGGAUUCAGCAACCUCUUAUGUCUUGCCAGAGUCCGACUAUGGCCGGCGCCUGUCUUAUUCCCAGGGAGUAUCUGUUGUUGGACCCCGGCAGCCUGACCCUCUACGUCAAGGCUCUCGGACUAGCUCCAGUCAAUCGCUGAGGCAACAACAUUACUUGCAGCAGAACGCCCCGUACUACUCUGGUCGCUAUGCGUCGAAUCCCGAAGCCGUUUAUGCCACAGGCUCGCGUGCUCCUCGACCCGACCCAUCUGAGCCAGACUGGGAGCCCAGGCCACGAUCAGCCUCUAAUAUUGUCAAUCUUCCUCUGGACCAACUGCCAUAUCAGACCAACGCUGGCAUGAUACCACGUUUCGACCCUAACGAUCCCCGGUUUGCUUCGCCACAGCGACGUGUAGCCUCUGGGCCACCCAGUACGAUGCAAAACCAUGCUGCUAGGUAUCGUCGACCUCAAGACGAACUCUUCCUCCCUCCGGAGGAAGAACCUGAAGUAAUGAGGUAUCUGGCUCCGGCAUCCGACUCCGAACCUGAGGAUGAUGAUGACGAAGAUAGUGACUAUGGCGAAGGUGUGCGAGUUAAUGUCAACGAAACUCCGGCUGGGGGUUAUAAUAUCCAGACGAGGAGCGCCGCCGCAGCUGUAGCCACGACUCGAAAACCUGUGGCUAGUGGGAAGGCGACUACAGGGCGAACCAAGAGGGGGCGGUAG